UAAACUGAUAUGCUUCCCAAUUGUGAACAACAUGAAAUAUGUGUGCAGUUUGACUUUUUGCAAAGGAGUUGAAAAGUGCCUGCCACCCGCUUGUUUAAACAUGGCAGAGUUUGUUUCACACUGUCGAGUUCCUGACUCAAUAACAUUGGAAGAACCUUCAAGAUAACACAGCUUCAAUUGUGCAUUUCAGUGGAGAUAAGACCGAACCAGUGUCCUGCCACUUCUUAUUGCUGCUCUUCAGCCCUUCACGUUGAACUGAUGCAUCUGCUGGGUUAGUUGGAAAUAUUACAGGUCUGAUGGUACCAAGCAACCGUUGAACCGCUGUGAGGCUUCCCACCCACACCAAUAUUUACAGCAGUGCAACAUGUCACAGCCGCAGACGAUAUGGGCAUCAGGCACAGAAUGUAUAGCCAAAUACAACUUCAGUGGCAGCGCAGAACAAGACCUUCCCUUUAACAAAGGCGACGUUCUCACCAUUAUUUCGGUCACCAAGGAUCCAAACUGGUACAAAGCAAAGAGCAAAAUUGGCAAAGAAGGUAUCAUUCCUGCAAACUAUGUUCAGAAGAGAGAAGGAGUCAAAUCUGGUGCAAAACUCAGCCUCAUGCCCUGGUUUCAUGGAAAAAUUACUCGUGAACAAGCAGAGCGGCUACUGUAUCCUCCUGAAGAUGGUUUAUAUUUGGUACGAGAAAGUACCAACUAUCCUGGGGACUACACACUGUGUGUGAGCUGUAGUGGGAAGGUGGAACAUUACAGAAUCAUUUAUUCUUCCAGCAAACUCAGCAUUGAUGAGGAAGCCUACUUUGACAACCUGAUGCAAUUAGUAGAGCAUUACACCACAGAUGCUGAUGGGCUGUGUACACGUCUCAUUACUCCCAAACAUAUGGAAGGGACAGUGGCUGCACAGGAUGAGUUCUCUAGAAGUGGAUGGGCACUGAGCAUGAGGGAGCUUAAAUUGUUACAAACAAUAGGCAAAGGAGAAUUUGGAGAUGUGAUGUUGGGUGAAUAUAGAGGCAACAAAGUAGCAGUCAAAUGCAUUAAACAUGAUGCAACAGCACAAGCCUUCAUUGCCGAAGCCUCUGUGAUGACACAACUCCGUCACAAAAACUUAGUUCAACUUUUGGGUGUCAUUGUGGAAGAAGGCGGGUCACUAUACAUUGUAACAGAAUACAUGGCAAAAGGCAGCUUGGUGGACUACCUGAGAUCAAGAGGAAGAUCAGUCCUUGGUGGAGAUUGUUUACUUAAGUUUUCCAUUGAUGUCUGUGAAGCAAUGGAGUACUUGGAGGCAAAUAAUUUUGUACAUAGAGAUUUAGCUGCUCGUAAUGUCCUGGUCUCUGAGGAUAAUAUAGCUAAAGUUAGUGAUUUUGGUCUUACAAAAGAAGCUUCAUCCAUGCAAGACACUGGAAAGCUCCCUGUAAAAUGGACUGCACCUGAAGCUCUUAAAGAAAAGAAUUUUUCUACUAAAUCAGAUGUUUGGAGCUUUGGGAUUCUUCUAUGGGAAAUUUACUCUUUUGGGCGAGUGCCUUAUCCCAGAAUGCCUCUGAAAGAUGUGGUUCCUCGUGUCGAGAAGGGGUACAAAAUGGAUGCACCUGAUGGAUGUCCGCCUGCUGUUUACGAGUUGAUGAAAUGGUGCUGGGAGCUUGACCCUGGUCGAAGGCCCACGUUCAAGCAGUUGAGAGAGAAGUUACAGGAAGCCAGAAUGAAGGAAAUGCACCUGUGACACCAGAAUGCCAUGGAACUUAUUUUUAAAAAAAAAACUGCUCAAUAUUAAACCAAGAGUGCUGAGACUUUUACAAAGCAAUCUUCUAUAAAAAAAAAUUGAACUCUGCAUAUCAUGGCCUUGUGUUUCAUUCCCCCCUCCCCAGUUAUGUGUGCUGCGACACAGUAUUCCUCUUAUCCCCAUAAACAAGCAUGCUUAAACACCUUUGUCGAGUCCUUUGGUCCUUGUGGUGAUUGUUUUGUGCCAAGUGCCUCCAGCCACAAAGACGGUGCUUAUUUGCUUAUCUAUACUCUGCAAUGUGUUUGUUUCUACCAAAAUGCAAUUCACAAUGAGGUUUGGUGACGAUGUUUUUCUUAACUAGCAUAACACAGUUUUGUGUUUAUUUUUGCUUUCCCGUCUAAAUUUGCUUAGCAGUUUUUUAAUACUUAAAUUGUAGUUUUUUUUAUAAAUAAAAAAAGGUGUUCUGUUUUUUUACGUCUGUAACGUUCCACAGAUUUGACAAACUCAUUGCAUGUAGUGUGGGAGGCAUUCAUUUCUGUCAGUGCGGUACACUCAUUUUAGCUGCCAAGGAUGAGAUUAAAUAAACCAUUCCAUAUGACCAGUUCUAAAUGGCUGUUAUGUUUUGAUUUGGAAUUUGAAUGUGGAAAAAAAUAAAUUGUGCUGCUGUUUUUGUCCUGUUCCCUCUGUCUGUAACCUCCCUGGACUCCAACUGUGAGGGGACUGGACUGGCUCCAUUAGAUACUGCCAGACCUUGCAGAUGUGUCUCUGCAGACAGCUGGUAGCAGGUGCUUAAGUACAACCAGAGAUUGAAUUAUUGCCAAAGAGAGUUUUAUUUCAACCUUCUUUGUUUGUAGAUAGCGGAGACAUAGACCCUUCUGCUCAGAAAUGCACUCUUGAUACCUGUAGCUUAGAAAGACAAGGAUGCUCGUGGAGGAUAAGAUAUACUCUCAACUUGAGAUGUGAGAAGUUCUGGAAAAACACAGGUUUGGCAUGAUUUGGAAACUUUAUUUUUAUUUUAAGAGUUCCCAAUUUUCUGUUUAAUCAGGUGUGAGAGAGAUUUCUGCCUCUUCCCACUUGUCAAGUGAAUGUGCCAGAUCUGGCUGCGUUCAUUGUCUUGUCAAUGUUGUGAGAUUUGGUAGACUGUCAGAAUGCUUUAGACAUUCUGAAGCCUGUUUCCUUCCUGUCUUAAGUGGAGAGAAAUGAAAUUAGGUAACUUCUCAGAAGAAGAAAUUCAGAACAGACUUUCAAGAUAGUUUUCCAGCAUUUAAACUAGAACUCAUGACAAAGGGAAUCUCUUGGUAGUCUCAUAUAAUUGAAGUGAUUGCAGUAUGAGGGAUGGAUUCUUUUAAGCCAGAGUUUCUCCUCCUGGCUGGUGUCUGGUAAUCCUCUGCAGUUGUAUGUCUGCACAAACAACGGGUGAGGGCAAUAUCAGACCUGACAACUCAAAAUAACCACUGCCCAGGUUUCAUGUGAAGCUUGCAUGAAGUGCCAGAGCUCUGUUGCUGACAUGAUACUUGAUGUCUUCAUGCAAGAAGGGAAGAAAAGUGGCAAAAAAUAAAAUCUGCAUUGUAAUUAUAUUAGAGGUAAUUUUGUUAGCCAGAUUGAAGUACAUGCCUUUAAUUAGACUAGAGUUUUUAAGCAUUAUAUUGAGGGCAAAUAAGUGUUUGAGUCUAAAGUCCAGGCUCUCAAUAUUAAAGGGAGAAAACAAUUGGCUUCAUGGCCUAUAGGUUAAUGAACCAGUAUAAAAUGUUGGCCAAGUUUUACACAAAUUUCUGCAGUGAUGUGUUUACAUUUUGAAUCUGUUCUGGGUUUCAUUUACUUUCUCUCCAGCGUGGUUAGAGUUUGCUAUCUGUUUUUUGACUGCAUUAUGCCUUUCACUUCAGUUUACUAAUUUUGGAAUUCAGGUUAGGUUAUCUCCAUUCAGGUCAUUAUAUUACUGGACUAGUAAUCCAGAGGACUGGACUAAUGAUCUGGAAACGUGAGCUCAAAUCCCACCACUGCAGCUGGAGCUUUUAAAUUCAAUUUAUCAAAUAAACCUAGAAUAAGAAGCUAAUACUAUUACUUCGGACUAUGAAACCACCAGAUUGACAUAAAGACUGGUGCACUCAUGCCCUUUUAGGAAAGGAAAUUUCCCAUCCCUACUUGGUGUGGCCUGCAUGUCACUCCAGACGCACAGCAAUGUUGUUGAUUGUUAACUGCCUUCUCAGCCUACUAGCAAGCCACUCAGUUGUAUGGAAUGAGAUGGCUCAGCACAAUCUUAAGGGCACACGGGGAUGUACAAUAGAUGCUGGCCUCACCAGCGAUACCCCUGUCCUAUGAAUGAACUAAAAAAAAAAAAAAAAUUGACACCUUCAGCUGCAAACUAUCC